GUGAGCCGUGUGAGUCCAUCCAAAGUCAAAAAGCCAAAAAGGGUCGUAAACUGGAUGAUGACCACCACCGUUGGGGAGGGAUCGUCAACGCUGUCCGAUCAGAUAUCAGAUAAAUAUCCCCCGGUUCAUUCUCCGCCUGCGCCUGUCUCAUCCUCGUCUCUCGUCCAUCUCCUCACCUUCCCCAUCCUUACACGAUUCAUUCUCUCUUCUCUCUCUCCUCUCCACUGACUGCUCUUCUCCUCUCCUCAACCACGGGUCAACAACUCUCACCACCUCAUCGACCAGGCAUCGAGCCGCACUUCUUCCAGUCCUCCACCUCAUCACACAUCCACUCAUCAUGGGAUCCUCCGACAUCGAGGGCACUUUCUGGAUCCGACCCAGCACCCCAGUUCCCGCGCAGACCACCUUCCUCCCACCCGGCGACCAGGUCGGCCAGACCAUCAUCAUCCCUCGUAUCGCCUGCUUCCGACGGGAUGAGAGCAUCCUCUCCGAGGAGCGCUUCGUCGAGGCCCUGAAACGUGCCAUCGCCGACUCCAUCGCCGACUUCCCGCACCUCUGCGGGAAAAUCACAUGGGCCGACAAGGCGACUCGACGGGUCCAGCUCGAGAUCCCCGAGGACACCACGGUUCAGUUGGUGGUCAAGAGACAGCCACACCUCACGGCGGAUGACCUCGAGUCCAAGAACUGGCCGCCGUACAUGCUCAAGCGCGCCGAGCUGACCCUCUCGAAGUAUCCCACCUACGGGAUCGACACCUACAACUUCGCCGUCCAGGCCAACCUGAUCGAGGGAGGCGUCCUCCUCGGGAUCCACAUGAACCACGUCCACCUGGACGGCAUCGGCCACGUCAUGGUGGAGAUGGUCUUCGCCCACCACCUGAGCCGCGCGGUCGACGGCAAGCCUUACAAACCCUCGGGCAUCAUCAACGCCGCAGCAUUGGACAAAUCACUCGCCUGGGGUAGCCACCCGGCGCGGCCCAUCCUCGAAUGGGAGGACUGGCGCAAGGCCGGCCCGCCGUUGGAACAGCCCGAGGGCAUGACGCACGACGAGUUCUGGGACAUGCUGAUCGCGACCUGCGACGACUUCCGCAUGAGCGGCUGGAAGUUUGACAAGGCCGCGCAGGAGAUCCUCCGCGCCGAGGGCCAGCGCCCGGGCGGCAAGAAGCUCUCCCUCGCCUCGUGCAUGCACAGCUUCCUCUGGAAGGUCUACGUGCGCGCCCGCGAGCUCGAGCCCCAUCAGGAGACCAUCUGCUUCACGCCCGUGCAGACCCGCGGCCGCGUCAAGGACCUCCCGCAGAUGUGGGCCGGCACCGCCCUCGUCUACAGCCGCGCCAAGAUGACGGCGAAGGAGGUCCUGGAGCGCCACACCGGCGAGUUGGGCGAGUGCAUCGAGGCCGGCACCGCGCGCUGGAACGAGCAGACCAUCCGGGAAUUCUGGGGCUCCAUCGAGGAGUGCCCCAACCUCGCCGACGUCGAGCCCAACGUGAACCGCGUGCGCGGGCCGGACGUCGAGUUCUCCAACCUCUCCACCUUCCCCUUCUACCGCAACUCCUGGGGCAAGGGCCUGAUGGUCAAGUCGUGGCGGGUCACCGAGCUGGCCUUCUCCGACGCCUACGUCGUCAUCGCGCCGCGGCUGAACAACGGCGACAUCGAGGUCUGGCUCCUCGCCACCAGCGACGCCCACGAGAACAUCCUCCGGGACCCCGACUUCCGCCGGCUCGCCCAGUUCGUCGCCUCGAACGACCCGGAGAUGGAGGCCGAGGUCAUCAAGGCGACCCCGGAGCAGCCGGCGCCCAAGUCGAAGCUGUAGAGGAAGAGAGGGAGAGAAGGGGUGAGGACGAACUCGAUGGGAUAUGACAUUAGACCAUGUCGUGUUCGGACGUUCCAAUCGGCACGAUUUGAUGCCAGAGACUUUUUUUGCUUCUUGAACCGGAUCAAAUCUUCCUUACGGAUUUUCUUUUUCUCCUCCUGUCAUAUACCUUGCAUCUAUUUCAUUUUACUCUUUCGUCCCAUCUAUGAAAAAGCGAUUUCACAUUUCGUUCGAUCUCGUCUUCGGUCAGCCGUCUCUCGACCUGCAGACCUGCAAGUGAAUAAACCAUGUCAAAUCGCUAC